AUGUUUGGCUCCCAAACGAUUCGUUUCACCGCGCUUUACAAAUGCCUGAUGAUGAAGAAAAAGGACCGUGAAGAUUUCAUCGCUUAUGUCGGAAGAUCCCCAGAGGACGCCAAUAUUCGUUUGCAGCUACUCAACAGAAUUGAGAAGGAGGACGAUGUCACCAUUCCCAAAUUGGUAGCCGAAUGCAACCGCCUUCUUCGUCUGAAACAUGACACUGAAAUGGUUGAAUCUACCAGCGCUACCGAUUUUGCCGACAUAACCACCGUCGCCAGGUCUCAACACAUCCAAUAUUGCCGAUGUCGCCAGGUAUUAGCAUACACCAACAAAUAA